GCGACUGUAAAUAGAGUCCCCACAUGGACUGCUAAACAAGUGAACAAAACAACAAACAAAAAGGUGCUAAUAAAACACCUGUGACAUUUUCUAAAGUCGUCUAUAUAAUCCGCUCUAUGGUUUGAAUCUCUAAUUUUCUUAAGUGUUUUUAAAGGGAUCUCGAGAUGAAAAGGGGACAGCUUUAGUUUUAGCAGGUGAGCUAGUUUUAGCAGCUGUCUGAGGAAUUGAAAACUGGACAAUAAUGUUAGCGUCUGUGUUUUUAGGUUAUCACUAAUUCAAACAUUCAUAUUUAAUUUUCCCAGAGACUUUACAAAACCUUAACCAUCACCUAAUCUCUUAUCCCAACGACCCUCUGGAUCAAUUCAAACUGAGUCACCAUGUCAAAAUUCAAUUAUUUACCAUCAGGACCCCAAAAUGAAGAAAGGUCCCCACUCAGAGACCCUGUAAACAGAAUAUCCAAAUAGAUGGGCUAGACAAAUUCACCAAACAUUAAGUAACUCCCUGGCGUUCACUUAAAACCACGUCUCAACUUCUUUAUUUGGCGUUUAAAUAUUCACAUUUACAAAGUAGAGACACACACACACACACACACACACACACACACACACACACAGUAUAAACGUAAACAUCAUUAAAAACUCAGAAAAUAUUGACUCAUCCAUGAACUUCUUUAACUUGACUUUUCAAUCUCUUUUAUUAGUCUUACAUCUUCAUGUACCAGAAGAAGAGCGUUAAAGAGCAACUGAAAAUAACAAGAAAGUUUCACUGUGAGUAAAGAGGUGACAGGAGGAACCUCCUGAAAUACGGCUGAGUUUUUCUCAAGACAGAGGUGUGAAAGAAAGUACAGAGAUGAGAGGUGGGCUGUUAAUAUGAACUUCAACUUAUUUAUUAUCAUACUAAUAAUGUUUGUCACAUAUCAAGACAGCUGCCCAAAUAUAGGAUUAUUAUUAUUGUUUAUUAUUAUAACCUUUAUUUAACCAGGUUUGUCCCGUUGAGAUCGCGGAUCUCUUUUGCAGGAGAGACCUGACCAAGAAUGUCAGCACAUAUAGUUUCAAUACAUAAUCUCAUUAAUCAUAUAGAAUACAAAUAAUAAUUGAAUUUUCAAAAUUAGUUUGAAGAAUUUACAAGAUGAGUCAAACAUUUGCACUCAAAUAAAACAUUUUCACUCCUGAAGCCUGGAUGUGAUGGAAUUGAUCAUGGAUUUGAAAACAUUCAGAGAUACCAGACUUGGGAGUUUCAGGUCUGAUUUUUACUCGGAGCAGAAAAUCGACAAGUUUUCUUUACCAUUCCUGUUCUGACCUUAGGAACAGUAAAAUGAUCAAAAGUCCUGGGAGACUGUAGGCCCUAUUAUUCAAGAAUCAAAGGGAAGAUAAAUAAGAUGGAGUCAUCUGAAGAAUAGCCUUAUAAAUCUACACGCACUAAUGUAAAGAUGGCCGAUUGACUUUACUGUAUAAGACACAAUGAUGAGUUAGGGCUCAACCUCAGAGCACCAUGAUACACACUAUCCAGCAUGUGGAGGCAUUGAACAAAAGCAUUCAUGUAUAACACAUCAGUAAUCAAUAACAGAAGAAAGGUUCAGGACUCCACAAGUUCCUGCUUCAAGACUUAGCAAGACUUAUUUCUAAAAUAAAAUCCAAGUAAAAUCUUCCUCUUCUUUACAGUAAAGUGAAUAUGUGCCUCAAAAGACAAGUGGUCAUCAAUCAAGAACCGCAGAUUUUUAAAAGGAGAUCAGGAGGAGUUCAAUUUGUUGACCAUUACUGGAGACAAUGACAGACUGACUUGAUCAAAUUAAAAAAUAAGGGCGUCGUUGGAAUUUUCAAAGCUGAAAGAAAACCAAUGGGAGGCACAGUGGUGUAGUGGUUAGCACUGUCGCCGUCGUCUCACAACCAGAAGGUCCUGGGUUCGAAUUCCGGUCAGGGUAUUUCUUGUUUUAGGAACAGUGAACAUACCAGUUUAAACACAAAUAAACGUUAAUAAAAGACACGUAACAGUAAAAGAUUUGGUUUUCCGAGUGCUUUUCUAGUUUUUAUAUACUCCAGGUUUAAACCUGACUGACCUUCACUCAGGGGGCUCCUGAUCCUCCUGCCUGGGCUGCAGGGUCUUCAAGGUUGAGGUGAUGAUGUUGUCCAACUAUGAGAAUCAGAAGUCAUCAUAAAUGGACAUUAAGAUCCACUGUAUUUGUAAUAACAUGUACCCAUGAAGUGUGUGAGUGUGCUCCAGCGUCUGUUUCACCUCGAUGGUCUCCUCAGGUUCAGUGUCAGAGCUCAGACACAUCUUUGUCCUGAAGAAACGCAGAUAACAGUUGAACUCAAAUCCCAAAACCAUCAAGUCAAAUGAUUGAAGCUUGUUUAAGUUUUACCUCAUCUUCAGACAAAUGAGAAGACUGACGGUCAGGAUGACAGCGGCCAGAGUCAGCCUUAUGGCGCUGAUGAUCAGAGAUGAUUGGUCUACAACAGGAAGAGAAGGUCAGCAGAUCAACUCCUCAGAGCCUGAUAGACUCAUAAAGGAGGUCUGUCACACCUACCUGCCACCAUAAUCAGGAGGAAGGUGGAGUUAUGGCGCCCCCUUGUGUUUCCAGCUUCACAGAAAUAAUUCCCGCUGUGUUCUGUGCUGACGUUGGUGAUGAUGAAGGUCUGUCCUGAAGCUUUUGGUGAGUCCUCACUCUCCUUGAACCAGCUGAAGUUAGCCGCAGGGUUAGCAUCACUGCUGCAGGUCAGAGUCACUGAGCUGCCCUCCACGAUUUUAGCAGAAGGACUCACUGACACCGAGGGAAGCUUCGGAGCAUCUGGAGAAGAUGUGUUAGUCAUGAGUUGGAUCAGUAAAGUCAGAACAAACUCAGAUUUAUCAUCGUCUCCUACUCACAUUUCACUGAGACGCUGAAGAGCUCCGAUCUCCUCUUUCCCAGCUGGUUCUCAGCUUCACAGUAAAACUCUCCAGAGUCAGAGGGCUGGAUGGAGCUGAAGACCAGCUGAGCUUCUUCACCGAAAGGCUCGAAGUCUGAAUCUUGGUUCUUCUUGUACCAGCUGAAGUUAGCAGCUGGGUUAGCAUCACUGCUGCAGGUCAGAGUCACUGAACUCUGCUCCACUAUCUCAGCGCAGGAGCUGGAGGACACUGAGGGAUCCUUUGGAGCAUCUGAGGAAGAUCUCAACAUGUGUUAUCUUUAUCGAUCCCAGAAGUGUGUCAGUCGACUUGUGUGUUUGUGAUGAAACUCACAGACUGGAGGAGAGGACAAUCCUUCAUGUCCUUUUACAGCACAGCAGAUUUCCUCUCCCAGAGAAAAGCAGCCUGUGUAAGAAGACGUCUCCUCCUCUGGGAUUUUCUGUCCAUUCUUCAACCAGACGUAAGACAGACCAGCGGCUGGACUGCAGCUGCUGAGACACCUCAGCUCUACCUGAGUGUCAGAGCCUCCAGCUGUGAUCUUAGUCACCUGAACCUGUAAAGCUGCACAAGGAGACGAGAAACACGGUCACCAUCUCUGCUUUCAAACAAGUCACACAACAGGUACACCUCCUGGAGGCACAUGAAGGGCCUGUGUACUCCUCCUGACAGUAGCCAGGGGGCAGUAUUGAGGCACUUGUGUGUGAUGGAAAAAAGACCCUCCUACUUUUGUGUCCAUGAGUACCUGUGACAGUCAGAGUUGUUCCAGGUAACCUGCUCCUCCAUCCAAAACUUCCUGAAGUGAAUCUGAACCCGUACUCUGCUGAGUCGCUCUCUCUCAGGUCAGAGAUCCUCAGAGUGGAGCGUCCUCUCUCUGUUUCCAAGACCUGAGCACGACUUGAAUACUGGGGGUCUUCUUUUAGGUCCUCAGGUUGGUCACUGAGUCCAGGCCUGAACCAGAACUUUGACGUGAUCGGUUUUUGACUGGUGUAAGUACAAGGAAUGUCCACGGACGAUCCUUCGAGCGCACAGAUCCUUCUCUUAGAGUACGUCACCCUGUUACACCAACGUCCAAAAACACCUGGAGGAAAGAGAGAUCGUGUCUGUUUGAUAAACCGAGUUGUUUCAAGGUCUCUAACCCCCAAUUUCCACCUUCAUCCUGAACGGUUACGAAAAGGCCGUAUCCACCGAUCGCCAGACUCCUCAGCUGAUCACAAGAAUUCUAUUUUUUCCGAACGGAGCAUGCCGAAUAAAAUCAGCACAGAUUAACCUGCUGGAAAGGAAGUCGGGCACAGAUGCAAAAUAAAACAUCCGGCUUCUUUUCAAAAUAAAACACUUUGUGUUGCAAACGGGCGGAUAUGAACAAGUGAAAGGUUUUUAGACGUCAUUUCACCCUGUUGACACCGUGGAUGAGGAGAUGCUGAUUCUAGAAGUAGAUUUUCUCCUCUGGAAGGACACAAUCUACUGCUUAUAUGUCUAUGUGUCCGUCUUUAUAGAGACAACUCUUUAUCGUGUGAUUGAACGUGAAUCCGCGGGUUCUUGUGAGUUCUUGCGAUUACUGCUGUCUGUAUUCCGCCACAGAUUUCACCUCACAAAAGGAUGCGGUAGGAAUUGGUGGAUGGCGAAAAUCACCGCCAUUCCGGAUGUGGUGGAAAUUCGGGGUAGGUCUCCAUCACCAGAGGCUGUUAAAUCAGCAGUGGAUCUAUAAGUGAACUCACAGACUGGAGGAGAGGGGAAUUCCUUGUGUCCUUUCACAGCGCAGGAAUAACUGUCUGCAGAGUUAAAGUAGUCUGAGUACGAGGAUGAGUUCUCAGCCUGAUUAUCAUCUCCGUUUUUGUACCAGAUGUAGGAGGAACGAGGAGGCAGAGGACAACUGUUGUGACACUUCAGAUGUGCCCACUCAGACAAAGUAUAUCUGCUCACCUUUACCUGCAGACCUGGAUCCAUCAGCGCUUUAAAACACAUAAAAACAAAUUAAAAACAUUUCAGCUGUUGUUAUUUUAGAUGGAGAUGAUCUGAGAUGUAAACAAAAUCUUACCUUUGACAGACAAACUGACUCCAGGAUAACCAAUAUAUCUCCCACCAGGUUGGUUCGUGAUGAACCUGAACUUGUACUCAGCUGAGUCGCUCUCUCUCAGGUCUGUGAUCAUCAGACUGCAGUUCGUCUCUUUACAUGAGUACAUCACCCGACCUCUGUACGCAGAGUCUGCAGUCAGAUCUACAGCUUCUCCACCCUUCACCUUGGUAAACCAGAAUGAUUUCUGGACUGUAUACUGUUGUCCAUUUCCUGUGGAUGGGUGUGUGUAGGAGCAGCUUAGUACCACUGUAGAUCCUUCUUGAGCACAGGCGUUAGUGAAGGUGUAAGUCACUCCCCAGCCGUUCUGACCCUGAACCACUGAAACACAGAGCGCAUCAGAAACUAAAACCAGGAUCACUACAGCAUCAGUAGACUGACUUCACUGAAGGAAAGGUUCCUUUAGAGUCUGAAACUUCGUAUUUGUUUCCUGCUUACACCCUCCAAGUCUUCUGUUCUUAAUCCUCCCUCUUCUCUCACUCACGACUGACUUAUAAUUCACAAUCAUGGCGAGAACAGCCUCUAAACUAAACUAAAUACAUACAAACAAGAAAACAUAUAUUGUUAUUCAACUAUUAAAACUCUCUCAGCUAAUCCUCAACUUUCUAUUCUUUAUUGAAGAAUCUACAGCUUCUAAUCUAAGCAGCUUAAUAUUUUUCUGUUAUUCAAUGAUGCUCAGUACUUCACUUAUUCAAGAUAAUAACAGAGGACGGUCUGCCUCACAGUCAACUCUACCUGCAGAGAGAAGAAGGACAAUAAAUCCAGAAACUGCUGCAGUUAAACUCAUAGCUGCUGCUGCUGCGGCUGGGGUCCCUGUUGAUCAGCAGGAAGGGCAAAUGCUAACGUUAAUGCUGGUCUGGUUUCUUUUCACGACUUUUCUUUAUGUACAAAUGUCACAGGGUGGUGGUGUAGAGUGUGUGUAUGUGUGUCUGUGUGUGUGUUAAAGUGUGAGAUUGAUGGUCUGGUGGCAGCGGAGGACAACUAAGCAGUAAGGCAGAGGCAAAACUACCAUGGACCAAUACAUAUGGAUGUCAUUAAAAUUUACUAAAACAAACACAAUUCUUGACUAGUGAAAGCCUAUCUGCUGUUAUUUAUAUAUUUAUGUUUUUCUUUCUUCAUUUUUUCUUUAUUUUUUCCUUGAUUGUUGAAAUGUUCUUGUGUGGAAAAGGUUUUUUUUGCACUGAAGUUAUCUGUUGUCUGCAUACUUUUAUUAGAAAUCUAACUAUAGACGAUAACGAAAUUGAGGUAGUAACUGAGAACAAAUUCCUUGGGGUCAUAGUAGAUAACAAACUUAGUUUGAAAUCACACAUAAAUCAGAUUAAAUCGAAAACGUCAAAAUCUAUUGCUAUCCUGUACAAAGCCAAAGGUUCACUUUCACAAAAAGGGUUAGUCACUCUAUACUAUUCCCUUAUAACUCUGUACAUGACUUAGUAUUGCAUUGAGAUUUGGGGAAACACCUUUCUUAAUAUUGUAGAGAAAAUGUCUGGAUAUGAAUGUAAAUAUAUAAUGUAAGUCCAUCUUUUGAACGGCUCUUUGAAAGAUCCGGCUCCUCACUAUCCGGCUCCCUUCAAUGUUCAUAAAUCUCUAAUUUUUACACACAGAUGUUGUUUUACUCUUAACCCAGCCGGUGAAUUCAAACCGACCAAUCACAGUCAGCGCCAUGCAAAUCACAGCUCUUUGUGUCACGCCCACUGGGGAAAAAAACACCAACGGCUGGGGACGUGGGCGGAGCCUAAGGGGUAACAGCGGAACAUUCAAACGGACAUGGCAGCUGGUAAAGAUGUCGAUGAAAACACCAAAAAUACACGGUAAGAAUAAGUUUUUAUAAAGUAUAUAAGAUUUAAACCGUGUUUAAGUGGUGAUAGUGGUAGUUUGAUGCAUGGCUAUGGUUAAUUUUUUCACGUUUAAACUGGUUGAAUUCGUAAUGUGAAAGAGACUGUCACUAACGUUAGCGCCUUUAACGGAAGCAGCCUGACUUUUCUAGAAAUUAGUGAGUGUCUCGAUAUUGUUGCUUUCUUUCUAAUCUUUUAUUCAGUCUGUUAGUAAUACAGAGUUGACGGGAAUCCUUGGCAUAAUUCGGCCAACAUUAGCAUUGGUUCUUGAGUCAUAUACCCCAUCUCCAAGCGUUAACAUAUAUAAUCCCAUUUGCCCUGUCUUUGUCUGUUUCAGCUUUGUGUUAACACAUGAGGCUGUCUGUUAGGACUAUUUUACCAAAAGCUGCUUUAAACAGGGAGAAGAAUACAGUUCAUAUGGGCACAAUAUCAUGUUUUCAUUUCUAGUGUAGACCUGUGAAAUGUGUUCAAUAAUCUAAGCUAUGUCUGUAAAUAAAGAUAGUGAUAGUUUUUGACUAAAGCUGCUCAUCUGGACUCAGAUAUGACAGAUAUGAUUACAGCAUCAGGUAUAUAUACAUGUACCAGAGCAUGUUAUGACCACUGACAUCCAGGUGAGAUCCUCUCAUCAUGUUAGCAGGUUUGACAAGGACCAAACUGUGAUGGUUCAGAUCUGGGUCUGAAGUGGUCCUGGUCUGCAAAAGUGGUCCAUUAAGGAAAAACUGUUGAGCCUGUGACAGGGUCAGGAGUUUCCCGGGACAGAGCUGCUUGAUUAUGGCAAAACUCAUAGUCCCAAUUAGGGCAGGGUGAUAUGGGAAAAGGUUUAUCCCAAUAUAUUUUUUUAUAUCAGUCAAUAUCGAUAUAUAUCAGAAUAUAAAAACUGAAAUUUAACAGUGUUUAUUGGUAGCAUGUCUUUUCCAAUACAGUAAUCUCCUUCAUCUGUGAGGUCUUGGUGUCUCUUUGACGUUUCGUCGUAAGGCAUUGCUCUAGAGAAAGCGGACUGAAUGAUUGUCUGUUUCGGCUGCACAGGCGCAUGGGCUCCUUACUCCACUCGGGAUUCAGAUCAGACACAUGAGGCUGAAGUUACUGAAUCAUACAAACCACAGAGAAAACAUUUGACAUCUUUCUCCAUCCCUCUCUCCGUCCUUCCUUUCUCAGGUUUUCCUCAAACUCACAGUUUUUUAAAACUCUCUCUGCAAACAUGAAAUCAAACUUUCUUUACACAGUCUGAUCUGUUUUUUACUCCGUGACUCCAGAAAACCCGAGAGCAGUAUGGUGACCAAUCAUGAGGAAUCACCAGGAGGCUCCCACGCUGCAGGUCGACCUCCCGUCGCCAUCUUCAACCCGGACUUUUUUGUGGAGAAGCUCCGCCACGAGAACCCCGAUGUCUUCCUGGAGCUGGUUUUGAGUAACAUCACUCGUCUCAUUGACCUUCCUGGUACAGAGUUUGCUCAGCUCAUUGGUGAGGAGAGUCCAAAGACGCCGACUGGUGGAAACGGAGGCUUCUUUCGCUCUUUCAACUUCCUCAAACGCAAAGGUCAGAGGUCAUCCGUGUCACAUUAAAAACUGCAGUUAGCAAUGUCAUCACCUUCCUGUCUCUCACAGAUAAAGGCUUUGUGUUUGGGACUCCGCUUACUGAGAGCUGCAUCGCUCAGAUCUACCAGCUCAUCGAGUACCUCAGCAAAAGUAAGUCCUCUAGAAGAUCUGAAGGUUCCUGAAGCUCACCUGUCCUUCCUGACCUCUCAGACUCUGAAGUCUCAUCAAACACGUCCAGUUUCUUCCCCCCCUGCACAUGCUCAGUAUUUAGUCUGGUGGUGCCCGUCUGCUCCUCUGCUCUCAGAUCUCCAUGUGGAGGGUUUAUUCCGGGUUCCCGGUAACAGUGUCCGGCAGCAAACCCUGAAGGAGCUCCUCAACAGUGGAGCCGAUGUGGACCUGGACUCUGGAGACUUUCACCCCAACGAUGUCGCCACGCUGCUCAAGACCUUCCUGGGAGAGCUGCCCGAGCCCCUGCUCACACACCGCCACUUCCACGCUCACCUGAAGAUAGCUGGUGAUGCAGAAGAACACACACAACUUUAGUCGUCCUUAAAUUGAGGUUUGAGUAAAUCUGCUAAUUUCUGUGACCUCCACCCAGAUAUCACCCUGUUUGACGAACACGGCAACAAGACCGCCAUCCCCAACAAGGAGCGUCAGAUCGAGGCCCUGCAGCUUCUCUUCCUGCUCUUACCUCAGGCCAACCGCUCUCUGCUCAAACUGCUGCUGGACCUGCUCUACCACACGGCCAAGCAGCAGGACAAGAACAAGAUGUCCUCCUACAACCUGGCGCUCAUGUUCGCCCCGCAUGUGCUCUGGCCCAGACAUGUAAGAUUUGUUCUUUUCAGACUCAGUAGCUGCUCAGUUUUUCUGUCCUGAGGUGAUAAAUCGUUCUCAGAUUGAUGUAGUUGAUUUUCCUGACCUCUGCUCUGCUUCAGAUGACAGCUGGAGAUCUGAAAGACAACCUGAAGAAGCUGAAUAACAGCAUGGCCUUCCUCAUCAAACACUCGCAGAAACUCUUCAGGGUGAUUAUCGACCACACGCCGCACCGUUAAAAAUGGAGUUCAUGUGUAACAGAUAUGGAUGACUGACAUGUUUGUAUCUACCGUGUGCUCAGGCUCCAGUCUAUCUGCGGGAUUACGCCAAAGCUCACUUCACUGGGACCAAGGCGCUGCAGACCAGGGUACGAAGAGGAGACUUCUAUGUUAUCUUUGUUUUUAAUGUUUGAGACCCUCUUGACUCUUGGCUCUUUAAAUGUGAUCGUGCUCGGUCUCUAAAGAGUGGAGCUGUGAGGUGUCCAUGAAAUCAGUCCUAAACAUCUGUAGAUAUGAAGUCAGCUGACUCUCCUCUCCUCUCUCAGGAUGAUCUGGACCUGCUGGCGGCGAGCAGCUCUCCUGCUCAGCGCAGAGUUUUACCGAUGAAGAGGACAGCUGUUCUUGGACCCGGGUCUCAGGACCAGUACCAAUCACCGGCUCAACAAUACACAGAGGAGGCUCUGAAGGAGCUUUUCAGACACGUCCACCACAACAUGCCCGACUCUGCCAAGAAGAAGAAGCUCGUCAGACAGGUUCACUUCCUGCUUCUGUUUUCACUGUCCUGAGGCCCUUUGGGUCAAACUUUUAUGAAUUAUUGUUAUUAUUAUUAUUGUAAUUAUUAUUAUUAUUAUUAUUAUUAUUAUUAUUAUUAUUGUUAGUAGUAGUAGUAGUAGUAUUAGUAUCAUUAUUGUCAUUAUUAGUAUUAUAACGAAUUUUAUUGUCAAUAGUAUCAUCAUUAUUGUUAUUAUUUCAAUGUAUUUAUUGUAAUUAUUAUUAUUUUAUUAUCAUUAUUAUAAUUGUCAUUAUUAGUAUUAUUAUUUUAUUAUCAUGAGUAUUAUUAUUAUUAUUAAUUUUUACUAUAAUAACUAUUAUUUUAUUAUUAUUAUUAUGAUUAUUAUCUUAAUUAUUACUGUUGUUAUUAAUGUUGUCACUAUUUUUUCAUUUGUUUAUUAUUAUUCUCAUUUAUUAUUAUAAUUAUUUAAUUACUUUUUUAAUUGUCAUGAUUAUUAUUUUAUUAACAUUAUUUUAAUCAUUAUUAUUAUUAUUAUUAUUAUCGUUACUAUAAUAAUAAUAAUAAUUGUAAUAAUAAUAAUAAUAAUAAUAACACACAUGAUGAUGAUCAUGAUAAAAUUAUUAUUAAUAUUACUUUUGCACUGACAAAAGUUGCUGCUGUGUAACUUUAUGACUGAGUUCCCCUGUUGUGAUUUUAACUGCUUUUAUUGUUUUUUCUCGUGUGCAGUUAGUCAAACAGACAACCUCAGUGACGCCCACCAAUGAGCACCAUCAGGGUCCCCCCGCUCCCAGCAAGAAACAUCCGCGCUCUCGCUCGUUUGGGGGACUAAUCAAGGUACCAGACAUCCUGGAGACAAGAACAAUCAAUGAAGAAGAGAAACGACUCAAAGAGUUUCCACAGUUUUUGGCUGGUCUUCCUGCAGAUAUCUGUUCAUAGAGUUCCAUCAAAGUUUGACAGUAGUCUGAUUAAAACCACAUGACCUUACUGUGAAUACAUCCCUGUUGAAGGUCACUCAGACCUCAGCCUGUCAGUGGUCAGUGUAGUGAAGGUUUCAUGUUGUACUUCACUGAACUAAAACAGCCUUCUCUAACUUUGUCUGGGUGCAGCGUAAAGCCCGUGGCGAGCAGCUGACAGCGGAGCGGCAGGUCAGACACAUCUCCCCGGACACCGUCACCAGAACAGGAAGAAAAGCCGGCAAAGAGAACGUCAUCCUGCGAGCUGUGAGCCUUUUACACCUUCACCACAGUCCUGUCUGAGUCCUGAUGGACUUUCUGGAGACUAAACACUGAAGAUGAUGUUUUAAUGAUCGGAACUCCAAAUACAGCCUCCAGUCUGAAAUAACUUUGUGUGUGUGUGUGUGUGUGUUUUCAGGUGAACAGCCCUCUUAACGGUCCCGUGUUGGGGAAAGCCGGACUGGUUGUGAAAAACCCGGAUUUUACUUUCCACCAUGACACACCGCUGAAGGUUUCUAAGGUACGACACACUCAAGAAAAAACUGUCCUGAUGGUUUCAGAGAGGAAAAGUUUACUGACCGAUCGACCUGCAGAGACAGAGAGUUUUUACAAAUAAAAACGAAGAAAACAAAAAUCUAAAAGACACUAAAGCAGGAGUGACAGGAUUCAGCAGAAACACUGAACAAAGUUUUCAUCCAAAAUCUUAUUUUGUUUUUUUUUCAUGAUGAUUCAGGAGUCUGUUCAGGUUUUUCAAACACCUCGGACUGAUGUUUUGUUCUCCAUCAGUUCACAUGAACAUGCAGUCAAGUCUUUUUCUUCUCCUCUCUCUCAUCCAUCCAUCCAUCCACCUCUGUCUCUCAGCAGGACUCUUCCUCCACCACCAAGAGGAACUUCUCUCCAGCUUAAAAGACCUCCUCCUCCUCCUCCUCCUGUUGAGCAGGACUUGGGCAGUAUUAUUGUUUUUAAUAUUAUUAUUAUUAUAAUUAUUAUUAUUCCUCAUGUUUAUCAUGGUGCUGUCAUGGUAGGGAGUUUAUUUGAACUGUGACUAAUAUACAGCAGCUUUAGUCGGAGCCAGAGCAGCCGAACCGAAGCCAAGAGCUCCUCCCUUCCUCGUUUCACACACCAACACCUGAGUGAGCAUCCAAACCAGACCCUCCUCUGCUCCCUCUAGGUCCUGGUCUAGAGCUUCCUGCUUCUUUCACGCCGAGGUACUUGUCUGCAGCUCCACUCUUCUUUGGUUCUGUGGCUUUAGAAAAUGAAGAUAAGCACUCAAAGAUAGAAAAUCAAAAUUCUAGAUUAUUUUUGGCAGAUAGAAACAGGAAACAGUUUCAUUGUGAAGAAUUCAUAUUUCACCUUUAAAGCCUCUGAUCUUCCCCUUUAAUUGAGUCAUCACACCACAUAAGGACCAGGGAUCGGGGUUAUUCUGAAAUCCUGCUCUUUUAAAAUCUCUCAAACGUUUGUUUUUAUGAUUCGACUCACUCUGAGGACAAAAAAAAAAACGGUGAAAAUACUUUUAUAAGAUCCUGGACAAUCACAUGCUGGGCUUUAAGAUCCUGUUUUGGACGUGUUCAUUUUAGAUGAACACAGUUUUGACACGAUAUGAUGCUACACGGUCAGGUGUAAAACUCGUGUCCAUUAGAACGGCGGCGGCGGGAUUGCUGCAGCAUCAGUUUGUCCUGCAGAGGGCGCUCUGUAGCCGUGACAAAGAUCUAUUUCUACACUCGCCUUUAAGGAGCGAUGAUGCUCAUCAUGUUGGUGUGUGUGUGUGAGAGGACACAACCACAAUCCGUCUGAGUGUUUUAAUCGGACCGGACCGUCUUAAGGACCUGCGGGCUUCGGUUCGGCUCUGCUGGACUCACUUUUAUUUUUCUAAUAACUUAAAUUUGUUUUUAUUUUAGUUCUGGACUUUUUCAGAAACAAUGACCACUAACAUGAGCUGUGAUAGCGUGUAGAUAUACACUGUGUGUGUGUGUGUGUGUGUGUGUGUGUGUGUGUGUGUGUUUGGUACGACCUGAGUUAACUCUUUGUUUACUGGAUGAUGAUGAUGAUGACGAUGUCUUUGUGUUGUACAGAAUCAGUGAGAAGGUCACUUUAUUCGAAGGUGUCAGAAAUGUUUUUGUUACUUUUUUACCCAGAAUUCAUUGGGGCCGGGGUCCCUGGUUCUGACUGCGGGAUAUGAACCAGGUCUCCAGUAGAACUCUGAAGGUUUGAAACCCUGAGUCUUGAUUUGAAGGUGGAUGAUGGACGUGUGUUUGGAGGUUUUACAGAAGAGUGUUGUCGAGGGUUGGAGGCCACAGAGAGGGUCUGAGUGAAGAAAGGAAGGAGAAGCUGAAGCCUGUUUCAUUCAGCCAUGUUGGUUUUCAUGUGUUCAUUCAGUCUGUUCACCUCACACUGUGACCAUGACAACGAUAAACAGGAUAAUGAUCUUAAAACGACGAGAUCUCCAGCCUGAGUCGAGAACUUUAAAGCUGCAGUGAGGAACUGGAGCUUUGUGUCUGUUUUGGCGCCCCCCUGUGGACAAAACAGUCUUCAUCUGAAUAUUUGAGGAACCAAACCUAAAAACAGAUCUGUUUUUUUUUUAUGUUCGGCCGACACACCUCUGUCAUAGGCAGUAAAAGUCACGAUGUUUAUAACUUAUCAUUCCUGUCGCUGACGGUGUUUCAUAAAACGUUGUCAGUAUGAAUCUCCGACGAUUUCAUCACUGCUAAAGAAAACUGGUCAGAUGAUCUUUGAAGGUUUGAGGAGUUUGGCUGGUGUAGGUUCAACCUCAGAGAAACGGUUUGGAUGGUUUUUAAAGGUCGGAUGUUCAGGACUGUGUGGUCUGUUUUCUUCUCUCUCCUUUUUCUGAAGCUGUAAUCUGACUCUCAGUGACUGGACUGGACAGACCUCUGCUCUGACUGGACAGACCUCUGCUCUGAUUGGACAGACCUCUGCUCUGAUUGGACAGACUUCUGCUCUGAUUUCACAGACUUCUGCUCCGUUAAGUUUUGGAGAAGGUGAAGACGCAUCGUCAGCAGCUCUAAACAUCCCUGAAACGUUGCUGAGCGUCCCUUUAACUGUGAGGCUCCGUUAAGUACCAUCAGGUCUGAGUGAAGUCUGGCUCUGCAGGUGUGAGCUUUGAUGAGGAGCUCCUGCGUGGUGUGCACGCCCUCAGACACGGUGUGUAUUUGUCUCCCUCUGGUGUUUGGAGUGUGUGGAUGGUGUGUUUUGUUGGUUUUGAAGGUGUUGUGGAUGUUAUAAUGAAAGGUUUUAUUGAAAGUGAUUGAGAUGUUGACUCUGGGGCAUUUUUAGACCUUACCUCUUUUUGGUUCAGCAGAACGCUGAUCAUAAUAAUGUCGUUUUAUUUUGGAUGGAUCUGAUUGGAUUCGUGUUAAGAAGUGAAAUAAGCUUUCAAACUCUGGUUGGGUCAUCUCCAGGCAGCUUUGAACAAACAUGGAGAGAAAAUGAGAAGCUGUAGGGGAACAAAACCGACUGUUUCUUUUUGUCCCUGUAACUUCAGCGGUCUUUCAGUCUUCUAUGUGAAACACUAACAGGCCUGUCUCAGUCUGUCACUGUUACAGACGUGUGUUUUUUUUUCCCCCUGACAUUAAUGUGAACUCUUGGUUACUGAUCUCUUCUCCUACACGGUCACAGAUGAGUCCUUCCUCGCACUGUCACAGCUCUUGGUUUACAGUCAAACCUGAGACCAGGUCGUAUUUCCUCUGAAUGAGUCUGUGCUCCUGUUGGAGGGCAGAGAAAUAAUCUCAAACUCUGAUUUGACUUUGGAGACUUUUGCACAGAUUUUCAGUCUGAUGAUGAACUCAUCUGUGAACGGUGGAGCCUGUGUGUUUGUUUUUGUGCUUUGGUGUAAAAUAAGUGAACCCUGUACAGGUGAUUGCAUUCUCCACUUUGGAUUAAAACUUCUUCAUGUUUUCCCAUUUCAAGUCUGCUGUGGUCUUUGAAUACGUUUCUUUUAUUCUGUCAGAGUUUUUCUUUAGUUUUCACUGACAGAAACAUAAGAAAACAUUUGAGAUGGUCCUUUUAUUUUAUUCAAGACGAUUAAAAAGGGCAGAUUUUUGUUUAUCUUUCUAUGUAACGAACAAAAAUCUGUUUUGAAGACCGUGUGUCUGAGAUAAACGUUCAAUAUUGUUGAAUUAAUUAGUUCCCAGUUUUCUUUGCAGACAGCUGAGGUAUGUCAGACAAACUCAAAAGUAGGAGUGAGUUUUAGUCCGUCAAUAGAAUAGAGAGAGAGACAGAUCUGUGCAGUGUCCCUGGACUGCCUCAUAUACCAGAGAGAUGAACCACAGUGGGCUCCUUUGGUUCCCACUUCCUUUAACAUUCACACCUGCUCCAGAGCAGUCUCACUAGGUUUAAAGUUUUAGGAAAUUACACCCCCAAACCAGAACUUGGGUCUCAGGGUCCUAAAGCAAAUCCAGUUAGAGAUGACUGAACGCUUGCUGACGAGAUGACUGAUGAAAAUACUACUGCGCACGGUCCGCCAUCUUUCGCCGUGCCGCCGGCGGGCACGAAAAUAGAGCCCUAUAUGUAUGUCCUGUUGCAUGUCCUGCGCAUUUUGUCCGUCUACUGUUAUACGUGUGAUUCAGUGCAAACAAAAUUUACCUGAUGGUACAAAUAAAGUACCUUUGACCUUUGACCUUUAUAUUAUCUGUAUCGUUCUGUUUUUCCUAAACUUUUAUCAUUAUCUCUCAGAAAAAAAAAGAUAAUAAGCCUCUUGUGAUCACAGAAUAAUAAAAAAAGGCCGCACUUAUAAUACAUGGUGGUCCAGUAUGCUCUCAGAUUGUGCAGAAGCAUAUUCUCCUAACCGUAUUAGCAGCAGCAUUAAUGGCUUACCUGGAUUUGACUGCACCUGGAUAUUUUUGCAGCCGUUUUGGACAGUGUUGCACUUUCUCAGCUCACUUCAAUCAUGGCCAAGUAGGACAAGCAGAAACAAGCCAAAACAUAAGGGCCUCAUUGAGUUCAAGUUCAGGUUCAGGUUACUGUACUUGUACCUUUGGGUACGUUUGUUUAUCAGCAAGCUAAUUAUGUUCAGUUUGACAUUUAAUGCAAUGCCAACGCUGCACGCGAACUGUUCUUGAUGAGUUUGUGGGAACAGUCGGUUAGUAUUUUUUUCAAAGGACUCAAACAGAUUAAUGCUUAAAAUGUCUUAAAAUAAGAUUUAUACUUGGACCGGUCAGGGCAGUGAGGCUGGAAAUAAGUGUAAUGAGAUAUUUUAUGAAAGAAAGAGACAGUAUUGAAAUUAGAAAUUGGUUUUCAUCUGUUUUUUUUUUUCGAUUCAGAAACUGAUAUUAUAAAAUGUAUUCAAGUAAAUUAUUUUUUUCAUAGAUUUCUAACUUUAAUCAUUAUUCGUUUAUUCCAAAGAGAAAAAACAAAAUAAAUCUGAAUUUAACAACAUUUGUACCCCAAUAAAAAAGAGCAAUUUAAUUUAAGGAAAAUAACCAGCUUUUAAUUUGAAAUUUUGGUUGAAGGUCAAACGUUUCGAGGAAAAUCCACCUGUUUUCUAAUUUUUUUUCUCCUUAUUUUACUUUUCCUGUUGUCUGCAGACCUGUUUUUAACACAGAUUAUUGUUGCAGGUCUGAGCUACUGCAAACAAUAAGAAAGCAAUCUGGGGAUUUAUCUCUGAACCCUCUGGGAAACUGGCUUAAAUGAUGGAUACUGAAUACAUGUUUAACAAAAGAGUUGGGAUUUUAGAAAAGCAGCUCGCCAGAGUUGAUAAAAACUGAACCAAGUCUUCUCAUGAUGUUUUUUAGACUGUUUGUCACGGCUGUGUGUGUUUGUGUGUGUAGAGGGAAGGGGUUAAAGUUUGAGGGGCAAGUUAAAACAAAUGCUGAAAUGUUUAGAUUAUGUUCCUCACUUAAGCUGUAAUUAUGAAACGCCUUUUAUUUGAAGUGGAGAAAGAACAUGUUAUUCCUAUCCCCAAGAGAACAUGGUGUGACCUCCAUAGAAGAUCAUCACCUCAGGGUGCAGUCUGCCUUCUACCUGUUCAACCUGCUCAUCUCAUCUCCACUAAUUGAAGUAAAAUAAAAAUAAAAACACGGCUCAGCUGACAUUUUCAGAUGACAGGUGACAGGUUAAAGUCCUUAAAAGACUCUGUUGACCUUAUAAACUGUCUUCACUCAAGUCGUGACAGAAAUUCUUUAGUGAAGCCGGGAAGUUUCUUUGAUAAAAAAGAUCAUUAACAACAGAUAUCUGGACAAGAACGAACAGAAUGACAAAAUACGAUGUUGAAGUUAUCACCAACAGUCCUCAACCUCUUGAACCAGUUUAAAGAUUGUGUCUAUUUCAAGAUGCUGCUCCUAAAGAAAACAUCGUCUGUCUGUGUUUGUUUGCGCCCAGGCAGAGAUGUGACGUUCACGAACGAGUCAGUCUUUUGAACGACUCUUUUAAGUGAACGAUGAGCGCCGCUGCCUUUACGUGUCACCUGUUUUUAUCAUGUCUUAUUUUAUAUCACUUAUCUAUAGGCUGCGUAGUUUUUAUUGUGCCACAAAGUUUUUUAAGAUGAGGGAAUAUAUCAGGAUAUAUUGCGCAAUAUCGCAGGACGGGAAAAUAUUGACGUCCGAAAUAAUCGCACGACAAAAACAUUACCGGUGUGAAAGGGCCUUAAAAUGAUGGAAAGAAAAUAGAAUUGAAUGGUUGAAGUCAUUGAAGGACUGUAGUUUGUUGAAAUGACUGCAGAAGCAUCUGAACAAAUGUUAAAACUGAAAACUUUACAGUUCUGUUUAUGCUCAUCCCCCGGGGCCGGUUAACAGCGACAGUGAAUAAUAGACUGGGGAGGGGUGCGAGCAGUCUUGUCAGUAUUUGAGUGGCGUUUCACAAGGCUGUCCAGUUCUCCCACAGACACACAGUGGGCUGCAUUGAGUAAGGACGAGAGGCGUGGAGGUAUUUCUCUGAAAUAUUCAAAGUUUUGUUCACCCGCCGGCUCAUAUUUGGAUUGACACACGAGUGAAGCUGCGGCUCUUCAAAUCCUAUUCUGCUCAUAAUUUGCUGCAGACAGUGAAGAAAAAUACAAUUUAAGACGUUAAAGAAAAGCAUCUCUUUUAGAUAAUUUAGAUGGAUCUAGAUGAUCGUUAUUGGAUUAUAGUGAUGGCAGGGAGGGAGAGGGAAUGUUGACGGGAGAUCCACUUUGAGUUCAUGCAGACAGAGCAGUGCUUCAGCCGGGGGGUGGUAUGAAGUAUGUGAGCAAACACACCAGUAAACAACGUUUACGAUUGCAACGGUUGUGUUGUAAAAUCAGCUGUAGUUAAUUUCAACGCAAGUCUUAACUCUGACUCUAUGUUCGAGUUUUUCCACAUAGUGUUAAAUUUUGUUGGUGUAGUCCAUCUGACAAAAAAAGAGAAACCUGAAGUAAAAACACUAAAAUUAAGCAGAAAAAGACGAUACAUGUGAUGCUAUAUACCCUCCUCUAGGCCGUUCACACGACUGAGUCACCUUCUGAGCUGUCUGGAGGAAAUUCACAAAAGUUUCUACUUUGAUUUUAAGUGAAAUUCUGAAUCCAGUCCUCAUGAUUUUGGUUUCCAUGAACCGUUAAAGACCCACUCCAGUGAAAAUCAUGUUUUUUUUUAUGCUAGAGGACAUAUCAUGAGAAAACUAAGUGGUAAAUUUCAUUUCUGAGUACUUCUGCACUCAGAUCUCCGUGAACCUCUGGCAGACCCAAACGGCCACAAGUCCAAGCUCUGCUCCUAGGGCCCCGAUAUGCAGGCCAGACCCCGAGAAGUAGAGAGGAUGAUGGCGGACCAAACUAACUAUGAUAGAUUCAGAUUCAGAUACAAGUACAUAGCAACGACAUUGCCUUCCAGUUCAACCCUUCCAAGAAAACAUAAAAAGACAGACACAUACAGGGGGGACAGGAGCGGGAGGCACUGACGAAUCCCCACAAGGGUGCUCCAAAAAAAAUGAGGACAGGAGGGAAAAAGGCCCCUCCGAACUCUGCUCCUUAGUGUAGAUCAGUUAAAAGAAAAAACUAGCAAAAAAAAAAAUAUAUAUAUAAUAAUAAUCAUUAGGCUUUCAUCGUGCCUCCAAAGACACUAGUGUCUGUAAGCUGAACAGAGUUUAUUUAAGGUGGACUGAAGUUGUCAAAUUUGUCAAACAAACUUUUUUUUUUUUUAGUUUAUUUGAAGAAAACAUGUGAGAUGUUGACUUUUAAUACUGUAUAACGCUCUUCAACUAUCUUCUUUGAAAUUGGAGAUACCCUCUUAUCUUGUGUGCAAAAGCAAAACCUUAAGGAUUAGGGUCCUGAACUUGAAAGGAAGCUGAAUUUUGCCUGAACUUGAACCUUUCCCCCCUUUUUUUCAGUCGAAGCCAACAGGAAUGUCCUGUUUAAGGUGUUGCGCUGCUCUUAGGUAACUUGGCCCCUUUCUCUCUUUUUUUCUGCUGUAAAGGGUAAAAUAUCAGGUUACCGCUUGUAUAGUUUGUAGAGAAACAUCCUUUGCUGACAGUAAUAGCCUGAGGGGGUUUGCAGGGGUUAUAAAGGAACUGAAGCUCCUCCUUUUCUGCACAAAUUCUCUCUCUGGCUGUUGAGGUAAGUUUUCGCUCUUUAAAUGUCAUCAGUUUGACUCUCACUUUUAUAAAAAAUGGUUUUAGUUUAAGUCAGCUUUGAUUUGCAUAAUCAACAUUGCAAUAAUAAUAAUCUUUAAUAAUCUUGCAGUGAUCAUGAUUGACAGCACAAAUACGAGUGUGUGUGAUAAUUGGUCAGUUGUGCUCGUCAAGCUCAGACUAUAACACAUCCCUUAAUCAUGCAGGUCAGAGAGAACAGGUCGUAAACAGGAACGAAUCUUAAGUGGUGGCUGUAUGAAUAUGUUUUUUUAUGCAUUAAUAAUUUCUCUGCAAAAACACAGAAAUGAUUUACAAAUGUAUUGAAACUGGUGCAGGCCGGAUCUUUACUGUGUGUUGCAGUUUAAUUCUUUAUACUUUAAAUUUAAGAGAAGUUACUACCUGGGUACAGAUUUUAACUAGGAGUGCAUCCGAAGAGUCUCACUGGUUGAUUACAAUUGGACAUCCCAGGUUACACGCCAAAACGCCACACUGUGAUUGGCUGUUUCCCUCGUCAGAGUUGGCGUUUGUGUUGCAGCAGGGUUUUGGAGACGUUCCUUGCCUUUAAAUGUGGGUUAGUGUGACUGUGUUCAUGCAGCAGCCUCCAGUGUUUAAAAAAUGAGGUCAACGUUAAAAUGCAAACAUUUCUCUCCAGGAUUCAGGAAGACUCUUUUUGAAUCACAUCAUGAAAAACCCGUUUUUACCCAGAAUCAGACGAGUUCACUGCCCGGAACAAUAACAACAACAAACCUCGCUCUAUAUAGAAAUUUGCAUAACUGGGGCUGAGCUGACAGAGAGGCUGCUCCUUUUUUCUGGCUGUGUGCCGAGAGACCUGAAGCUUGUCUCUGCUUCACCUCUUCGCUGACUCUGGAUCAGUUGAAAAAGUUGAGUCAGCAUUUCCAAUAUUGCAACCUUGCACUCUUAACCCCCAAUUUCCACCGCAUCUGGAACGGCAGCGAAAAGGCUGUAUGUGCCGAUCGCAGCGGAUCGUGUCUAUUCAAGCUAACGUGUCAAUUUCCACCGGCUUCUUUCUGUCCCAAAUUGUCUGCAAAUUGCCAGAUUUCAAUUUUUUC